GUGGAGCCAAGAUGGCGGCGGCAGGAGCGACGCUGUGCGUCUGGGCCGGGAGGCUGCGGUUCCUCGGGGCCGGGCCCUGGCCAUGGAGCUUGACAUGGGCCGGGCGGACAGCGCGGGGCGGCGGCCGGGCUGCAGCCGGGGAGCGCCUGGAGCACACGGCGAGCGUGCGGGCGGAGCAGGAGCAGGAGCAGCGGCCGCGGCGGCGGCGGGAGGAGGAGGCGGCGGAUUUACAGACUCUACUCCAAGAGUUUCCACAGCCUAAAGACCUGCUGACUCAGGUUAUGCAACGAGCUCUGAAACUUUCUGAUGUGAAAGAUCGCAUUGUCUACAAAUCGUUCCAAGGACCUACUAAAAAAACUCUCCUAUACUUAUCUUGGCCAAGAAAACUGGUGAUAAAGGGAUACGGUGCGAAGAAGGUUGAAGCAGAGAGGCAUGCUGCAGCUGUUGCCUGUGGAAUAUUCAAGCAAUGGGGCCUUCUUGGACCAAAGAACCAGCUCUUCCGAGCUCAAGAAUACGAGCAACUUGUGGCAAAGUUUGCUGACGGACGACCACAAGUGGGUCUGAUGGAGGAAAGUGAAGAGGUGGAUAAGAUGGUGGAAGAAGGAAUAAUGGACUGUACAGACUUCCUCUCACUCACAGACAAAGCCCAUGACAAGCCUUUAUCAAGCAGAAAAGGGCAAGGGACCAUGCCUGAUGACUCCAUUGCAAUGAGUGCUCUCACCCAGUUCCCUGAGCCCAAGAACCUCUUGUCGAAGGUCAUACAGAUAGCAACAACCUCCUCCACUACCACAGAUUAUCUGAAAUAUUCCACGGAUGGUAAUUCGGUGAAGGUCUGUCGGCUCGAGGUGCAGUGGCCAACUCCGAUGACCUUUAUCGCAAGUGGUCGGCGGAAAACUGAGGCAGAGCGGAGAGCAGCGGCUCUAGCCUGUAAGAAGCUGAAGGAUCUGGGCUUGCUGAACCAGAAAAACCACCCACUGACCCACGCCAUGUACAACCUGGCUGCAAUAAAAGAGCUGAGUGAACAGGAACGAAGACCAACCAGGCUGGAAAUCCCCAAGCACCUCCAGCAACGAAUCCAACAGUAUCUGGACCAAUACGCAGUGAAAACAGCACCUGACCUCUAUGACUUUAAACGCAGACCCAUCCGCUGUGACCAGGAGAUUGUGAAUCCAGAGUCUAACUUUGAUAUGAUUCGUGAUGCCAUCACAGGAGAUGCUUAUGUCCCAAUGUCUCACGGAGAGGUUGAGCGCAUUAACCAGAGAUUGCUCUGGCUCUGGAGCAGAUCCAGGCCAGGCAAGCUCAAGCCACUACCCGUUGACUCUCACAAGGAAGCGAUCAUCUCUACCAUUGAGGAAAACCGGGUUGUGGUCAUAUCGGGAUCAACGGGAUGUGGGAAGACCACUAGGAUCCCGCAGUUCAUAUUGGAGAAGUUUGUCAUGGACCAGCGAGGAGCUCGCUGCAACAUACUGAUAACCCAGCCCCGGCGCAUCAGUGCUGUGUCCGUGGGCCAGAGGGUGGGCUACGAGAUGGGUCCAGCCCUCAAGAAGAAUGUGGGCUACCAGGUGCGGCUGGAGAGCAUGCUGCCCACCCGGGGAGGGGCCCUCUUGUUCUGCACCGUCGGCAUCCUCCUGAAGAAAAUGCAAGGCAACCCCUCGCUGGAAGGUGUCAGCCACAUCAUCGUGGACGAAGUCCACGAACGGGAUGUCAACACCGACUUCCUGCUCAUCCUUCUGAAGAACGUGAUGGAGGCCAACCCCGAGCUUAAGAUCAUCCUGAUGAGUGCCACCAGCGACACGGAGCGCAUAUCAGAGUACUACGGGGAUUGCCCCGUGGUGACUAUACCAGGCUUCAUGUACCCGGUCAAGGAAUAUUACCUCGAUGACAUUCUGCCCACACUGGGGCAAAAGAAGACCGUUCAGCUCAAGCGAGACGAGGAGGACCCAACCCCUGACCUUGACUUGGUCACUAACACAAUCAUGCAUAUUGAUCGGCAUGCUGAACCUGGGGGAAUAUUGUGUUUCUUGCCGGGUUGGCAAGAGAUAAAAGGAGUUCAACAAAGGCUCCAGGAAUGUCUUUCCACUAGAAAAGAAAACUGCAUCAUUUUACCAGUUCACUCCAACAUCCCAGUAAUGGACCAACAAGAGAUCUUCCACCAGCCACCACCUGGAAUGAGGAAAAUAGUGCUGGCAACAAACAUUGCAGAGACGUCAAUAACUAUUGAUGAUAUUGUACAUGUCGUUGACACAGGCUGUCACAAAGAGCAGCGCUAUGAUCUCAGGACAAAGGUUUCGUGUCUCAACACGGCGUGGAUCUCGAAGUCGAACGUGAAGCAGCGUCGAGGGCGGGCGGGCCGCUGCCAGCCGGGGAACGCCUACCACCUCUUCAGCAGGGAGAGGCUGGAGAAGAUGGAUGACUUCCAGAUCCCAGAAAUACUCCGCACACCUCUGGAGAAUAUCAUAGUCCAGUCCAAGGUCCACAUUCCCGACAUCACGGCUUCGGAUUUUCUUUCCAAGGCGAUGAAUAGUCCUGAUCCCAAGGCUGUGAAUGAGGCUGUGUGGAUAUUACAAGAGAUAGGGGUGCUUGAUAUAGAUGAAUCUCUAACCUUGCUUGGUCAGCGACUGGCUCACAUCUCCACUGACCCACGGCUGGCUAAAGCAAUCGUCAUGGCGUCCAUUUUCCGCUGUCUCUACCCCGUGCUGAUGGUUGUGGCCUGUCUGACUCGGGAUCCAUUUGUGAACAGCUUGCUGAACAGGGCUGAGGUUAUGAAGGCUAAAACGCAUCUCAGUGGGGAGAGUCGGAGUGACCACGUGGCGUUUAUUAAAGCCGUUGAAGGUUGGAAGAAAGUGCGGCAGGUGUGGGACGCAGACUCCAAGAAAGAGUAUCUGGAGGAGAACAUGCUGUAUGCUCCAAGUCUCCGCUUCAUUCACGGAUUGAUUCUACAAUUCUCUGAGAACGUUUACAACGCUUUCCUGGUGUCGAACCCUUCUGACUGUGGCCGUUCUUCCUCCUUGUGUAACCAGUACAGAGGGGAGGAAGAGCUGAUCAAGGGGGUACUUCUGGCUGGCCUGUACCCUAACCUCAUCCAGCUGAGGCAUGGGAAAGUCACCAGGGAGGGAAAGUUCAAACCGAAGAGUGUGGUGUGCCAUACCAAGACUGGCCAGGUACUCCUGCACAGGUCGACCGUCAACAGGAACGAGGAAACUUUCAAGAGCCGCUGGAUGACUUACUUCACAGCUGUGAAAUCCAAUGGGACUGUCUUUGUCCGUGACUCCUCCAUGGUCCAUCCGCUGGCUCUGCUGCUGCUCCCAGACUGUGAUAUUCAUGUCAAGGAGGAUGGCGACUGUGUGCUGCUCACCCUGGCUGACUGCAGCCUCCUCCAGCUGGAGCUGGACACAAAGACAGCACAUCUCUUGUACAGCUUCCGCACGGCCAUGCACAAUAUGGUAGAAACCUGCCUGCGCCACGAGUUGCCUGAACUUCCCUGUGCCUUGCGUGAGGAGCACGACGAAGUGCUUUCACUACUCGUGGAACUUUUGAACUGCUGGCCGAUGAGUGAAUGAUUCACUGGCACUGUGGCAGGCAGGCAGGUGAGCUUGCAUCCUAUUCUGUAUCAUAAUUGCCUGGUGCAUUGUACAAAAAAGAUAUAGCUGCUGUAUUUAAUUCUUUGAAGUGUGCUCACCUUGCAAUAUUACUUGAAAAUAAUGGACUGAAUAGUGUAUGAAUUUAUAAUUUAUAACUGAUGUUUAUAACAAUUUGUGCUUAAAACUGCAAGCAGAAUAAAUCUUAUUGAUUAAGACCCCCUGAAAAUUUGGGGGAAUGGUUUUGUACAGGCAGUAUUGUCUGAUUUCCAUAAUUUAAAAUGUAUUUAAAACAUUG